UACGGAGUUCCGAAGUUUCCGUUCUCAAAAUUUAUAUAUAAACGGAAAGAACGAAUACACCAAAUACGAAACCCUCUACGGUACCAAAAAGAGAAUUGUUACCAAUACCAUUGGAAUUGGUAAUUUAUCUAUUUCACAUGAAACGGUGAACCGAAAACCAAAUUUAAUACCUAUUGACUUUCUUUUUAUUUGUCAUUUUUUUCUGCAACAUUCCUUUAAUAUUUAUCUUGUUCGAACGUUCGAACGAAAAAAUCUCUUUUAAAAAUUUCGAAAUUGUUUCUGAUUUCCUUCCUUCUGGAUAUCUAAAAUAACUCUACACUAGAAAAUAUCCUUUGUUGUUUGUUCUUGUUCUCUUUCCUUUCCUUUAUACCAGUUUGUCUUACUUGUGUUCAUUCCAUUUCGUUUUACAAUUUCAUCGUUAUGCAUUUCCUUCAUUUAGCUCUUUCUCUUUUGACUGCUUCAACAACUGUCUUUGCCCUUGAGCCUUUGACCGUCAAAGGAAGAAAGUUCUUCCAAAAUGAUACCCAAUUUUAUAUUAAGGGUGUCGCCUACCAACCUAAGGUGAAUGCCGAAUUCACCACUACAGUAAUUGACCCUCUAGCUGAUGCUGCCAACAAGAAUUGCAGUGAGGACGCCAAGUUGAUUCGCAAUCUUGGUGCUAACACAAUUCGCGUAUACUCCGUGAACGCUAGUUUGGACCAUGACAAAUGUAUGAACGCUUUCAAGAAUGAAAGUAUCUACGUCUUUUUGGAUGUGGCCAACCCCUCAACCGGUAUUGAUCGUACUGAUCCUACUUGGACCACAACUCAGUACGAUGCUUACAAACAAGUUGUUGAUGUUUUUUCGAAAUACAACAACACUGCUGGAUUUCUUGCCGGGAACGAAGUCGUUAACAAUGCUAGUAAUGUGCCUUCUGCUGCUUAUGUCCGCUCUGCCAUCCGUGAUUUAAAGUCCUACAUUAAGUCUAAAAAAUACCGCAGCAUUCCUGUCGGUUAUGCCGGUGCCGAUAUUCCAGAUAUUCGCAAUGAACUCGCUGCUUACUUAACUUGUAAUGCUACCAAUACCCCUCAGGACAAUGCUACAGAGGCCGAUUUUUUGGGUUAUAAUAAUUAUGAAUGGUGUGGUAACUCCAACUUCUACGCUUCCGGUUAUGCUGCUCGUACAAAUGAGCUCCAAAACAUCACUGUCCCCAUCUUCUUUUCUGAAUUUGGUUGCAAUAUCAUCUCUCCACGUACCUUUUCUGAGGUCCAAGCAAUUUACUCCAAAAACAUGACCGACGUUUGGAGCGGUGGUAUAGUAUAUGAAUUCUCCGAAGAAGUAAAUGGCUAUGGGUUGGUUAACAUAACCUCCACUGGUGAGCGUGUUAAAAAUGCCGAUUUUGGAAACUUGCAAAAACAAUGGGCUAGUGUCAACCCCGAGAAGAUGUCACUUCUUUCUUAUAAUACCUCCGACACUCGUCUUCCCGAAUGCCCUGCCAGAAAUAAGACUAGCUGGGCUGUCGCUUCUGAUGCCUUCCCAAUCACCCCCAAUGCCACUUUCUGCGACGAUGCUGUCAAAAACCUUCAUUGCUCUGUGCAAGGUGAACCGAAAGGUUCUAAGAUUGGUCAAGUCUUAGGCGAAUUGUGCUACUAUGACCAAGAAGCUUGUGCUGACAUUAGCAGCGAUCCCUACAACGGUCAUUAUGGAAAAUUCUCUGGUUGCACUGGUAAACAACAACUAAGUUUCGCUUUGGAUGCAUACACCAAGCACCACGGAGAUGAGGCUUGCAGCUGGGGUGGUGUUGGUGUCUUAUCCUAGAUUAUUUUCAAAGUAUGGGAUUACAGUUAAAAACAUAAAGUAGUCUUUUAAUUACCGUUUUAUUUUCUUUUGAGAGCUCAUGCUUUGAUAUGCUACAAUCAAAGUAAGUAUUGUCCUUUAAGGAAUAAAAUAUUCGUUAAUUCCUCAAUAUCUGAGUGGGGGGUGUAAUUAAGAUAGUAGAGAAAUGCUAUGGCAGUAUCAUAUGCAUCUUUUCCUGCUUCAUGCGAAUUUUUUGUAAUCAUCAUUAUGCUAUAUGGUCCUCGAUCAAGUGAAGACAAGCGAGAGCAAAGUCGGCUACUUUCUGUACUAAGGACUAAGACCUUCUCAACUAAAGCCUGCAAGUUGGAAGAGCCAUUGUCUAUGACAUGCUGGAGAUCUGGGGAUUUUGAGUAAAGUACUUUGGUGUCGUGUACAGAACUAAACGAAGUAUGAAGCAGACUUUUAAAAUCAUUAUAGGUCUCUGGAAGAGUUCCUUCGAAUACCGAAAAUAAGUACAUUAGAUCAGCUAAACCAUUGUGACAUACUAUCCUCUUUCUCUUUGAAAGCAAGUAAUCCCAAAGUUUGCGAAACCCGACAGCCUCAUCAAGUAACUGAACACUUUUUUCAUAAAAAGUCCUUUUUCUGGAGUCUAUGGAAUCCGCUCCGGGAUUCUGACGUUCUGAAGUGCGUGAAUUGUGAGACUCAGACACACGAAUUUGAACGAAGCUAUUCUUUGAUACGCUUUGGAGAUCAUUGUAUUGAGAUUCCACUAAGUUAUGAACCGCUUUUUGAUAAUAACGGUUUGAUGUAUCCACAUUUAAAUAAUUGCAUGCUCCUUCCUUGCCUAAUUCAGAACGCCAUUUUUCAAUUUGAGCUUUGGUUUCUCUCACCAAUGAUUGUGCGGUAGCAUCAAGAGAUAUAAAUUCCUUUUCUGGUUUAAAUUUAUGUUUUGUUAAUUUGUAGAGAUAUGAUUCUUCUGUUCUUGAUAAGUAAGGUACACCCUUGUCAAGCUGCUUUUGAAAAUCAAAUCCAUGUCGCAGAAGAAAAGCCAAAGUUGAUGUUUCUAUACAAUAAUCUCUUCGAAAAAAUAGAUUAGUAUCUGUCAAAGGAGUGAGAUUAAAUGUGUACGGAGUACAUGAAGCUAAUCCAUCCUUGGUAAAAGAAAUGAAGGUUAAUCCAAUCUGGAGAAUUGAAUAUUUCAAAGCACUUUCUCGAAGACCCUCAAACUGACCUAUGAAGGAUAUGUAAUUUUCGUUCAUCGUUGAGUUUUGAUUAUCUUUGAUUUUGCCUAAUAAUCCUGAAAAUUCACAAUCGAUAGCAAUAUAAGCUGCAUUUUCAAUCUCAUUUUGUAAACUACUAAAUUCUCUCGCAAAAUUAUCACCAUUGACCUCCAUUGGUUUUCGUGUUUUGAAGCUUCUUGGUCAUAAGCCAAAGCAAGAAACGAAAAAUACGGUUUGAAAAUGCUAUUGGAUUCGCUGAUGCUUCAAGUAAGUCCCAGUUACUAUAGCCGAUAUUACCAGAGAUUAUCAUUUUAGUGUAUGAUGUACUCUUGGUGUGAAAUGUCAUUACUUUAGACUCAAAAAAUAA